GGUCCUUUCUGUGCGCGCGCUACGGUUUGGGUCUGUCUGCGCGGAGGCUGUUGUCUUUCCACCAUCCAGUCAUCACUUCUGUCCGCUUUGCAGCCGCCUGAAAGUCUGCUCUUUCUUUACCCAACCGCGCCGAGCGAGUGGUGGGUCUAGAAGCUGCGUCUGGCUAUUGUAUAAAACGUCUUCCAGCCUCGGAGCCCCAUCUUCACGGCUCUGAGUCUAUCGAGCGCCUCGCGUGUACGAUUCUACCAGCGCUGUUCUGAGGUCGUGUUGGCAUUCAGCACCCGUCCCUCCUUCGUGCAAGUCUCUUCGUGUCUGCGCUAAUCCUCACGUCUGAGCGCUGCGUGUCGCGCGUUGUUCUUGAUUGCAACAUAAUUGGUCUUCCUCUCACACGCGCAGGAGACUCCUUUCCUGUGAAGCACAACUGUCUCUCUCUCUCUCUCUCUCUCUCUCUCUGUGGUUGUCUUCUGCUUUGCGCAAUUGUAAAUGCGAUCAUCUUGUGACGGCAGGUGAGCGAUUGGCAUGUGUUCAGCCAGGUGGCUUUUCUCGUGGCGGUGACGGCGGGGGCAGGGCGCGAGUAAGACCUUCUCUUGACGUGCAUGAGAACAGGGUUUGCAUGUUGGAUUACUUGUCUCGAGUGAUUCCCGUGAGCAGCGUUCUCCUGCGUGGAGGCAAGUCGGUGAUUGACUGUCUUCGAGUAGUAGGAUUCUGAUCGGUGAUCGGUAGGGGUGAGUGGGGUGGUUUGAGCCUAGAGGCGGUUGUUGGGUGGUUGUUUGUUCGGGUUAGCUGUGUACGAAAGCGAAGCGCGGGAGGGGGUGAGAGUAAUUAGGGGUCGCGUUGUCUUGGGGUUCGGGUGUCUCUUUUGUUGAUUUCGUUGCCGUCCGACUGUGUUUUAUGUCUGAGGCCAUAUUCCUUCGUUUUGGCUCCUUCUCGCCGCUUGGAGAGUACGGUCCUCACUCGAGAAAGCGCCAUAAACCGUCCUCUCUUUGUACGCAAAUCGGCUUGUAUGUCACAGAAAAGCCGCCCAUCGCUUUUCCUCCUUGGCGUUUACGCCAAACCGAGCACAUCGGAUCAGCGGCGCCUUUAGCGGCGGCUUCAGCGCUCCCCACGGCUGGCAUUGUGUCGCACCUUCCGGGCGGCGCUUUGCGUUCUCCUGAGGGAGGACGAAGACUCUGGGGAGUGUCUGCUGUGUCCCCUGCGAGCUUCAGCGGUGGGUGGUUCACACCCCCGGACAGCUGAAGAGUCCCGCCUACUCUCGGAGGCUAUUCUUUCUCGCUCAUCGUCAAGAUGGCGCUCCAGAACAUUGGCGCUGCCAACAGCGACGAUGCCUUCUACCGCUACAAGAUGCCCAGGCUCAUCACGAAGAUCGAGGGCAGGGGAAACGGCAUCAAAACGAAUCUUGUCAACAUGGUGGAAGUCGCUAAGGCUCUCGCAAGGCCGCCCUCCUACACGACCAAGUAUUUCGGAUGCGAGCUUGGCGCGCAGUCGAAGUUCGAUGACAAGACGGGGACUAGCAUUGUCAAUGGCGCUCACGACACCGGUAAGCUGGCUGGACUCCUGGAGGGAUUCAUCAAACGCUAUGUACAGUGUUACGGCUGCGGUAAUCCCGAAACGGAGAUUGUGAUCACCAAGUUGCAGACGAUUCAGAUGAAAUGCGCCGCGUGCGGCCAUCUGUCGGAUGUUGACAUGAGAGACAAGCUGACGACGUUUAUUUUGAAGAACCCUCCUGAGACGAAAAAGAGUGCAGGCGGGAAAAAGGAGAAGCAGCUCCGACGAGCGGAGAAGGAGAGACUGGCGCACGGAGAGGCUGUGGACGAUGAGGCUAAGAAGGCGAGCAAGAAACUUGUCGCUUCCAAGUCCAGGAGCAAGAAAGAGAAGAAAGACGACGAUGAGAAGCGCAGCAGCUCUGGCGAUGACAGACCGGACUCCGUCGGUGUCCCGGCAGUUGAUGACGUGGAAGAAGUCGAGUGGCAGACGGACACUUCCGCGGAGGCGGCGAGACAGAGGAUAAUGGAACAACUCACGGCAGCGACCAGUGAGAUGGUGGUCGUGGUGGACACGUUGAAUGGCGACGCUGAGCCCAAAUCUGCAUCCCCGAAGAAAGCCAAGGACGAUUCCGCGGCGCCUAAACUCACUCGAGCGAAAUCGUCGAAGAAGGCGUCCUCUGUAAAAGAGGAUGCGAAGUCGCACUCAACGACGACGACUGAAGUUCGCUCGCCUUCGCUUCCGCACGUGGAAGAGAAACUAGUCGAAGAAGUGAAGGCGCUGAGCUUACACGACAAGAUGGUUCAAGAGGUCAAAGCGCAGUUGAAGACUAAUUCUCCGGUCGAGAAAAUUCUCCUCUACCUGAAGGGCAAGAAGGUAUCGGAUAAGGAAGCUAUGUCUAUCUUGUUCCAGGCUCUCUUUGACGGCCUCGGCAAAGGCCUCUCAAAGGAGGUCAAGGCGAAGAAAUUCCUCUUAUCGAGAGCGGUAAAUGGAGAGUCAUCACAGAGGUAUUUACUCGACUCUAUUGAGGUGCAUUGUGGGGUGACCGUUCCCGAUGCUGCAAAGGAAGUGCCCCUCGUUCUCAAAGUCUUAUAUGACGAGGACGUUCUGGAGGAGGACGAGAUUCUUGCAUGGUAUGACGAGGGGACAAAGAACGCGAACGAUGUUGUGAGCAAGUCGGUGGCAGCUCUCGUCAGGAAGCACGCGACGCCUCUUAUUGAGUGGCUCAGGAGCGCAGAGCCGGAGUCCGACGAGGAGUGAUUCGCAGUCGGACGAGGAGUGAUUCGUAAGACCGUAAUUGUCGAAAUGGUGAAAAGCUUGAUAUUCUUGAUGUUUUAUUCGGAACUCAGUUUUUUAACAUGUUAUCGGCGACUUAUUUUGAGCAUUAUGGAAGUAUUUUUAAGGAAUCGCUUGAUGUUGACCUCGUGCGUUUUUUUUUCUUGAAAAAAAGUAUACGAGGCGGUAAUGAGUGUGAAAGCGUUAAGUGGCGGGGAUGCGAUUUCAAGAGAAAAAGAAAUAUGAUGAGGUACCGGCGGGUGGGACAGUCGGGUUUGGCGUUUGAAUGGUUUGGUGCUUAUGUAGGCGUAAAUGUUAAACCUCCCUCAUUUAAAUUGAGUGAGAACGGAAAACGUAUAUGGCUGAGGGCCUGAGGCUGGGGUCGUGUGUGCUGAGGCUGGGGUUUCGAUUUGUUGGUGGGAUGCGGGCGGUGUGCGGCUUUCGUCAAAGAAAAGUGCGUCUGUCUGGGUGUGUUAUAUGGUUCUACAGCCGGGGAGCGGAGCCUGAUGAAUCUGAGGGAUGGCACAACUGGUGUGUGUUGUGUGGGCUUGAUGGCUGUUCCGUCGCCUCCUGUCUCUCGUUGGGAGGAUACACAAUAGAGUAUGAUGCCUGAGAUUCAGUUACGGAACGACGAGUACCUCCUCGACAAGGAUUUAUGGUUUUUGUUUUGCAGUUUGUGAACACGAGCUGUUUUUUCGAACUGGGUUUACAGAAAUUGGGCUGGGUAGGUGGGGUAGUGUAAAACAAUUAAUGUUGUGUGUGAUAGGUGGGUUUUGUUGAUUGGUGUGCAGAGUCGUUACUUCGUUGAAAGGCAGAUUGAAGUGCGCGGGGAGCGUGGAGAGCGGGAAAAGGUGAGUAGGUCAAAUUGCGCGGGAAGGGUGGAGAAUUGGGGGGUGGUUGGGCUCUACUGAAAUAGGGAGCGUGGAGAGUGCGGAAAAGGUAUAGGUAGGUUAAAUUGCGCGGGAAGAGUGGAAUAGGGGGGCGGUUGGGCAUUACUGAAAUAGGGAUGCAGGGGAAGGGAUUGAGCACGAUUAACGACGACGGCUAUUUUGGUGUUUGUUGAAGUCGUUAAAUGCAGUCGAAAGGCUUAUAUUAAAAUGUGAGGAGGACGGUCGGUCGGACUACUGAAAUAGGGGUGCAGAUUUGGGUACUAGCAUCGACGUGUGUAGGAUGGGAGGGCCUGUUUUUUGAGAGGGAGUUCUCUCUGGAUGUGCAGUGGAAUCGCGUUAAAAAGUCGGCGUUUCUUAUGAACGACUUCAACGUGGGAGGGAGUGAAAAUUCGGUUUCGACACAUGUUAUUAGUGGCGCUGAUGGCUUGGUGAUAUGGACUCUGUGGUUGAUUGUCAACAGGUGUAUGUUUGUGGAAAAUGUUUUUUGAUGUUCUGAUUAGGAAUAUUCCGUGUAACGUGGUUUUUGAUGUUCUGAUUAGGAAUAUCCGAAUUCCAAAUGUGGUAAUCUGUCGCUCCGAUUGACGGGUGGGAUUAACAAUGGAUGUGAGGACUGAAGUUGUGAUGUUAUAAGAGGAGCUUUGUGUGAUUGAGACCCGGAGUAUCGGUUUGCAGUGCGUCAUUAAUGUGUUCUCGAAAUAGGCAGAAGUAGGUUGUCUUAUCUCACUUGAAGUAGGCUGUCUAUCUCUUCAUGAUGAUAUUUUGGGUACUGGAAAAGAGUCGACGAGGCUUGGUGUAAAUGGNUUUGGGUACUGGAAAAGAGUCGACGAGGCUUGGUGUAAAUGGCUGAACAUUUUUUGUCCUGUAUGAUCUGUUUGCUGGGUGAAAAUGCUGUAUUGCCCUUCAGGAUUAGGUCCGUGAGUGGGGUUUUCACAUCUCGACGUUUCCGUCUGAGAUCGAGGUUGAUGUGUGUGCAGUGGACCUCGCUGGUGUGUGCGUUGCCAGAUAUGCGCGAGUGCUUGGUUCACGAAGAGUUUGCGCUGUGUCGACCUUUUGGGUAGAGACGAUAAUACGAGGUCAGUGUAUAGGUGAAUUACCAGUGGUGAGAGAUCGACUCCACAGCGAUGUCGAAUUCGUCCGUGUGUGAUGAAGCCCACCCUAACUGCUCUAUUUACAGCUGAAGAACGCAGGAAGGUGGCGAGAGUCGGUGCUGAACUCGUAUGGCUGAGAGCAGGUAUUGUGUUUUUUUCAGUCGGAGGCUGUUCAUACUUACGCUCGGUUGUUACAGACCAGAGAUAAAGUGGUAGUGUAUGGGCCUCACGUGCGCGCAUGUGAGAGAGAGACAGGUGGUAGGGCACCGGGAGGACCAGGGGUUCACGUGCGCGCACACGACUGUGUAUGUGUCUGUGUGAGAGAGUACAAAUAAGUGUCUGUGUGUGUUUGUGUGAGAGAGAGAGAGAGAGCAGGUAUUGUGUUUUUUCUCAGUCGGAGGCUGUGUACUUACGCUCGGUUGUUACAGACCAGAGAAAGUGGUAGGGCAUGGGGCUCACGUGCGCGCAUGUGAGAGAGAGACAGGUGGUAGGGCACGGGGAGGACAAGGGGUUCACGUGCGCGCACACGAGUGUAUGUGUGAGAGAGAGAGAGAGAGAGAGAGAGAGAGAGAGAGAGAGAGUGCGAACAAGUGUCUGCGGGCACGGAAACGGGUGACAGUCACGAGGAAACAUUGCUGAUCUUUGGCAGGUGGGGUGAUAUUUGUUUUUUGUCGAGUUGCUUAGCGUUGCGUGAGACG